CUCAGAGACGAUCUUUGCUACCAAAAUGGCGGCGCGCUUGUGAAUGUCAUGCCACUUCAUGUCAUCCCCUGAAUCCCCUCGCGUUUAGUUGCGAUUCGUGGUACGUUAAAGUUGUAACAUACGUUACUUAUUGCAGAACUGUGACGUCCUUCCCUCAGACGGGUAAAGAGAGGGGGGUCUUUGACUCGCUUGAUUCGGGCUCUGCCGGCGUUAGCCUUUUGGCUAACGUUCACUAUCACAUUAGGUGGAGCAACUUCGGACGGAAUCACGAUGGAACCUGAGCAGCAGCUGAGAAAUCUGCGGGAUUUCCUCCUGGUUUACAACCGCAUGACGGAAAUCUGCUUCCAGCGAUGCAGCAGCAACUUCAACUACAGAAACCUCACCAUGGACGAGGAGCGCUGCGUCGACAGCUGCGCGGGGAAGCUGAUUCGCUCGAACCACCGGCUGAUGGGCACCUACGUGCAGCUGAUGCCCCGCAUGGUGCAGCGUCGGAUGGAGGAGAUGGAGAGCAAGGCCAAGGCGGCAGAGGCCGCCGCCGCAUCUGCACACGUGGAGCCUCCUGCCAUGGAGGCCUCGGUGGCAUCGCAAACGCCCGCCACGUUCUCACAAGUCCCACAAGGAGCCCCGCUGCUGGAACGACCUUUGGCCUCGAUGGCGAUCGACGACGCCGGGCCGCAGGCCCUCGGCUCGGUCUUGAAGCCCGUAGGUGUCCCAGUCGAACUUGACGCCGGCAAAUCCGCAAGGGCAUCAGAAGUCCAAUUAUCAGCCGCCACGCCGCUCACACCUGUGGUCGAAGCGGCCCAUUUUCCUUUGCUGAAAGAAGCUGCCCCUGGACCGUCUCAUGCAGCAGGCGCGCCUCAGUCUGCGAGCUCGGCGCCUGGGUUCACGCCGUAUCAACCCGAGGUGGCUGUGCCUACAGGGUCUAAAUCCAUUGGGAGCCUGUCAGGCCGACAGAGAGCCCCAGAAGCUCCCCCCCCGCCGCCAGGCCAGGAAUGAUGGCCGGACUGGGUGCGUCUCCGGAGGUUAGACUGGGGUGAUGCGGACGGUACUCCCUCCGCAAACAAACCAAAUGGGACCUUUUCUGUAUGGACAAUUGACCGAAAUGACAUAUAUAACAUUCAACUUUUCAACAACUGUUCAAUUUGAACUCGUCAUGUCGUAUAAUCUUUUCUGAUUAUAUUCUCACUAGCAAACAUCUUCUCUGAAGGGUAAAUAAAAUGAACCUCCAUGGAGACAAAAUACUCAAGGCUGUCUCUCUUCAUAAUAAUAUUUAGUUAUUUCUCACAGUAUUGCGAUAAAAGAAAUGCAGGCUUUACAAUCGUAGGUGUAAAUUCUUUCAAAAGAAAGAAGUUCUUUCAACAGUAUGCGAGCGUGUGUCUUGUCUUCUAAUAAAAAUGAGUGCA